GUGCGCGCAUGCGUCCCCGCAGUCCACAGCCAUGGCCGCCCUGCGGAUCCUGCGCUUUCGGCUCCCGAGGGUUUCCUUGGCGUUUUCCCGCCGGCUCAGCAACAGCCCCCCUCGGCGCGCGCCCACGGUGCCCGAGCGCAUCGAGGAGAAGCGUCGGGCUGCGCUGCUCGGCGGCGGCCAGGCGCGCAUAGAUGCACAGCACCGGCGGGUGAGCGAGCGAGAGAGCGAGGGAGCGCCGGCUUCGCCCUCGUAGUCACAGCAGGCGAGGGAGCCUCUGGUUGGGCUUGCAACAGCUGGCGACCCUCGGAGGGACGAAGGUCCCACACUCGCUUUCCUGACAGAGCGGGGACGGUGCCUGGAGAGUCUAGUUAGUUUAAUAUGCCUCUGCCCGUAUUCUAAUAAGAUGGGACAGGGGUCCGAGACCCUUUCCAGUGGCCCCCAAUUUCAAAUUGGGUUAUGUAGGGGCUACUUACAAACUACUAUCUUCAAAGCACAUUCGAAGCACAAUUUCCCUCCUCAAUUCUGGGCACUGGAGUUGGUUAGGGGUAGCUGGGAAUUGUAACUCUGAGGGUUAAACUGCAGUUCCCAGAACUGUUUUGGGGGGUGGGGAAUGUGUGUGAAAUAAGCAGCCCUGAUCUGAGGUUAGUCCUGGUUCAUCUUGUCUACUUAAGGCCACAUAUGUGAGGAUUUGGAAGUACUUGUACAGGAAUGCAAAGUCAAGAAAGUUCUGAAGCCCCCAUUAAAAGCACUGUUUCCCAAAUAUUUUGAAACUACACUGACUGUCAUUUCUCACAUUUUUAAAAACACUGAUACGCAUGUGAAGUUACCUUCAGAUGUUAUCCAUUCUCAUUUUCAGAAAGGGAAGGCAGCAAUAUAACGGUCGGGGGUACCUAACUAUGGAUGCACAGAGAGAGUGUGGGUAAAUGUGAAUCAGAAGCAUAUGUUUUGCAAAGUUCCUGGGAUCUUUUUUUACUAUUCCCAUAUUAUGUAUAUAGAUAUGUCAGCAGAUAUAUUAUGGGUAUAUAUUUUUUCUUCAUAUGUCUUCAGUUUGAGUUGUAUUGUUGGAAAUACAGAAAACAAAAUAUUCAUCCGCACAACGUGAUUAAGCUAUUGGAUUCACAUCUAGAUGGCCACUAACCUUAAUAGCUCAAAAAACUGGAUGUAUUCAUGAAGGAUAUAUGUACCAAACAUUAUGAGUCAUUAUAACUAAAUGGAAUCUAUGUGGCUUGUGGGCACUUGGAAGAAUUGAGCUGGCUGCUGCUGGAGACAGUGGUUGUGUUCAGAUGUAACACUAAACCAUGGUUUAGUAUUACAUGAGUGAACAGUUGCAGGCUAUGUGCUCCCUCAGCCUUCGCAAUUGGAAGCUAGUGAUAAUCAUGGCUAGUGGCAAAUCUGGUUUUUGUGCAAACCAUGGUUUUCUGGUUUUGGACACAAUUACAAGGUAUAGGUUGUUGCUAACUACAGUCAGAAGUUUCUGGUUAUAGAGUGCAAGGGGAGGAAAAAGUACGGUAUAUGAAUUCAAGGCUUCAGGUUGCUAGGGGAUGAAAUAACUAAGUCAUGGCAUGACCCUGAUGUGAUCUGGCAAGGGAGUUUUAUAUUAACUGUGCUCCACCCCCUCAGCAGUUCAGUCUGUUGAGGAAUGAAUAAUCGCUUUGCAGAUUGCAUCCUGUAGCUGCAUCUGUAGUGCUGAUGAUCAUUAGACUCGCCCCAUGUUACCAGCCACCUUGUUUUGCUUUAAUUCAGGGCAGACAGUUAUGGCUUGAAGAUCCCUUUGAACUUGCAGUGGAAAUAGGAAUUAAUCUGAACUGUUUUCUGAAGCUCAAAUAAGUAUCUUAAAAUAAUUGCUUUCCCUAUCAUGUGUCAGAGACCUAAGGUAAAGCACUUAUUUAUUUAAAUUAUUAAAAUAGCUUAGUAAUAUUAAAAUAUAAGACAGUGUCAUAGAAACAGAUACAACAAAAAAAGAGUAAUAUCAAAACAGGAAUUAAGUAAUAGCUUGGUCCAACCCAAGGGAAAGCUUGGCCAAAAAGAUAUUUAUUUACAACUGAAGCAACUGACAGAUGAUGCUUAAUCUGCACUUUUAGCGAUACUUAUACUGAUUUUAUUAUAUUUUGUAUGUUGUGUACUACCUUGAUAUACUUUAUGAAAGUACAGAUUAGAAAUAUUUCAAUAAAUAAAUAAAACAAGGGUAUUCUAUAGUGUAAAGGGCUCUGGGAAGAAAUAUCCCCUUUCAGGUGAUGUUCUGCCUGUAAUAUUCUGUAGGAUGUGUUACCACAAGUAAAAUUUCUCCAGAUGAUUUAAGUGAUCUUACAGAUCUAGGCAGGGUCAGGCAGUCUUUCAGAUAACCUGGCCCUGAGUUGUUCAGGACUUUAUAUGCCACUAACAAGACCUUGAACAUGACCUGGUAGUUUAUUUGGCAGCCAAUGCAGCCAUUUCUGCAAAGGUCAUUAGCAGGACAAGAUUACAAGUGGCCAUGUGGCCAGUGAAGGUGAUGGUGUCUAAAUGACCCUUCUUUUUCCUAAUGAAAGGUUAGAUCAGAGGCAUGUAAUUUUUUUUCUUUUGUUGUUGUUGCUUGUAGCUUCUUUUGCUAUGCAUUUGCCUUUUAUAAGGCCCUCUUUGAAGUGCUGCUUUAACAUUUUCAGUGCUUGAAUCAAUAUAAGAUGAACAUUUUUGCAGGCUUCUUAACAUUUUGAGGUGUGGGGGAAUCACCAUGACAAUAUGUGACAAUUUAUUCAGCAAUUUAUUUUUGUGUCUGAUGCCUAUUUAUAUAUGAGCAAUAAUAAUGGGGAAAUUAAAAUAGUUGAAUGGUAAUUUAGAGCCCCCGUCUUGCUUCUUAAAAUGACUUUUGCAUGUUGACUUAAAUUUCUGCUGAGAAUGAAAUUUUUAGGAAAUUAGAGAAGAUUUGUCCAUUGGGAUUAGAGCUUCUCUUUGGCAGGAAUUUCAGUGUAUCGCUACUCGGCCUUUUGGCUAAGAUAAAAUGUAGGGAUUUCAGUGUAUGAUUCAUGUACAUACAUUAAGUUUUUUAAAGGAUCGGGCUGAAAGAUAGCCCUGUUAUACAUUUACUUUUUAGAUUACUAAUAAACUUGUAUAAGCUUUUUUGUGAUUGGUUUUUCGACUCUACCGGUGUACUACAUCAUACCUUACAUCAAACAGAAAAAGUAUGAUUUAUUUAACUUGUUCAAUCUACCCUUAGAAAAACACAUUUGUAGGUUCUGAUACUACAUUUAAUAGUUUCACUGAAGUCAGACUGUUAAACAUGUGAAUACAAUCCUUUUUCUUUGCUAGCCCCUUCCUCUACUAGUCCUUUAUGGGUUUUAUUCUCUUCAACAUAUGUAUAUAACUCGGCAUUGCUUACUUAAAAGGACGAAAAUGUAAAAAACCAAUUAAUCAAUAAAUCUCUGACAAAAUGAUCGUUCCAGAAGAGAGCAAUUUCUAUAUUUGAAGGGAAGGUGAAAUUAAAAAGGAAUUCAGUUGCACUAUUGAGUUUAAGGCAGCUGCUUUCUGAGGAGCAAAUUUAUGGAUUUGAAUAAAAUCUUAAAUUAGUAUAUGACUUUCUCUUUAUAUUUGUAAUUAUGCUUGGCUCUGGUGUACUGAAAUGAUCUCCAAACCUUACCUUGUUCAUAUUAUUUCCUGCACUUCAGGGAAAGCUGACAGCCAGGGAGCGUGUUCUUCUUUUACUGGAUCCUGACAGUUUUGUAGAAUAUGACAUGUUUGUGGAACACAGAUGUGCAGAUUUUGGGAUGGAGGCUGAGAAAAACAAGGUACCUGGUAUAUAUUUUGCUCCGCACUCUUGGGACUGUUUGUCAUUUGGAAAUAUCUGGCUGAUUCUAGUGCCUGAGUCUGGAUGGUGGAUGGUUUACUCUAAUAGAAUGGAUGGUUCUCAUCUCUUUCCUCUAUACAUGCUCUACCUCUUCUUCGUUCAUCCCCAAUCAUUCUAUAUGUAGUACUUUAGAGACAGAGCCUGACUUGGAUAUAUUACAUUCCCUUUCAGUUUCAUGGUUGUAUUUUACUUACUUCCAAUUCAUUCCUGUUCCAGGUGAUGAUGGACUUGUGUUAGUCUGUCUGGAUGAAGGAAUUAUGGCAGACAGUUGUUUCAGCUGGGCUAUCUUCUCAUCUGUUAUUUAUAAACUGAGCAAGGCAAAGAUAUUGUUAAACAGAGAUUUUAAUGGAGAUUGACUUAUGGGGUAGCCCAAGCGCCUUGUUUCCUCUGGUUGCAAUUUUUGUCAUGUCCUAAUUCUAAGAAUGGGAUGCAUUAUUUGAAUUGUUUGUUUGUUCCUAAAUACAAGAAAGCUUUUUCCUUGGAAUAUUUUAACCUUACCUUCAAAGUUUUAGAAGGUAGAUAAAAUGAAGUUUUAAAUAAUAGAUACUGCUCUUGUAAUAAUGAAAAGGUAGAUUCAGUUUCAUGCGUUUCAAAAUGUGGGUUGUUUUUUUUAAUAAGCCAGCUACAGAAACUAAUCUAUCCUAUUACACAGUACUUCCCAGGUUGCUCAUCAGAGUUUCUGUUGAUCGUUUUCUUGAAUGGCUCUAAUUUAUAAAUUACAGAGCAAGUUGCAAAAUUCUUAAAUGACACAAUUUUGCUUUGACUAUCUAGGACUACUUUCUUGUUUUUCUUCCUGUCUUUUCAUGAUCUUAUAGAUUCUAUAUUCUGUUGCUUUUGUUUUUAUUUGUGGUUGGUGGAGUGUAAAUAAAGUAUACUCAGCAUUAAAGGAGGCUGUUUAGAAGUAUGUAUUUUUCCUAUCCCUCAUGACCAUCAUUUUUUGUUGAUCAUCUGCUAAGAUGAUAAUAUGGAUGCACGAUAAUAUGGAAGUCAGCCUGUUUUAAAUGAUACAAGCAAAGUAUAAUUGAAAUGUAUACUCUGCCCUACAUAGAGAGUUUAAUUUUCUGGUUAGCAAAUACUUGCUUUGGUCAUUUAUAAGAAUUAGAUUUCGUUAUUUAAUCAUAUUGCUGUUCUGAGUUGUACAUUCAUUAUUCUCUUUUGCAGUUCCCUGGAGACAGUGUGGUAACUGGCCAGGGUAGAAUUAAUGGCAGAUUGGCAUAUGUCUUCAGUCAGGUAUUGCUAUUUUGUGUUUUCAGUUGCAAACUCUUUCUUUGAAGCCUUAUAAACAUUUUUGUAUUUCUUUACAUUUGCUUUUCAUUUGCAGUGCAUUUAGUUUGCAGGCAUGUAUUAUGCCUGCAAUUCAAUAGAAUUUUAAUUACAGUCAAUAAAAUGACUACAUCUGUCCAUUUUGACUAUUUAUACAGUAUUUCACAGCAUGUUCUUGGACUAUAUAAUCCUUAUAACAUGUAAGAAUAGAGUUGCUUUGCAGAAGCUUACUUCUGAUACUGCAGUCCCUUGUCUCUCUUUUUUAAAAAAAACAACAACAACAGGGAACUAGUUAUAAUACAACAUUUUAACAAGCGUGACUAACCCAUUGCCCUUCAGAUGAUGUAAGGCUGCAACUUCAAUAUUUCCUGACUACAGUAUUUUCCAUGCUGCAAGAGUUGCAGGAGUCCAUUGGGAAUAAAAGACUUGCACUACAGAAACCUUGUGGGAUCUUUAUAUUUUGUACAUGCAUUGAUUUCUGGCAUCACAGUGGUACCUCGGGUUACAAACACUUCGGGUUACAAACGCUUUGGGUUACGAACUCCGCUAACAACUUUUAAGCUAGUAAGCUGUAUCUCAGUCCCUCCUCAUGUGCAUGCUCUGCCUGUGUAGGGAUAGAUUGCACUCCUUCCAUGAGGCUGAAGUCUGUUGAUAUUUUCAACUUGCUUGAAGACAAUUACACUGAAUAAUUGGGAGUGCAAAAAAGUCUGUUUUACUGGUGCUCAAGGGCAAGGCGGGGGGGGGAAUCUAAAUCUAGUAUAUAUAUAUAUUUGGCAUUCUAAGCUAUUAUUGUAUUUGAUCUUUGAAAUACAAUCUUUAUGUAGGACUUCACUGUGUUUGGAGGCAGUUUAUCUGGAGCACAUGCUCAAAAGAUCUGCAAGGUAAGCAUUUUAGAAGACAAUAGUUACAAAAUUCUUAAGUGCCUGCAGCCUGCAAAAUAUGACAAUGGAGUGUUUUUAAAAGUACGUUAUGCCUCACACGAAUCCUUGCUACAUUGAAGUUUAUUUCAUCCCCUUCCCUGAUUAGUGUCUUCAAGUCUUAAGAUACCAUUUUUUUCAACACAAUACAGAUAGAUACAGUUUCAAAAUAAGUGUAAACACUCCUGAAUUUCAAAAAAACUCAUCUUAUUCAACUCAUGGCAGUUCCUUUUCAACUAAGCUACUCAGCUUGUACAAGCCCCUAAAUCUUAAUAGCCUAUUGCUUAUUCAGCUCCAGUACUGCUGAAUUCCCUCUCUCCAAACAUAACCUAUUUUUUCAUAAUGAUAAGAAGUCCAUUUGUUAUUACAGAAGCUAAGAUGUUGCUAGGAUAAAAUACCUCACAGUUAAUUCAUUCAGGAGUACAUUUGAGGUCACAAUUCCUGAUAAGUGGUGAUAUGAGUUGUGAGAAGUAUCCAUUUUUGACAUUUCUUGAAUAUAACAAAUAGUUGAUGAAGUACUUCUCUUGGUAGUCCUUUCUAGAAGAUAGAUGUAUAAUGGUUAAAAAUGGGUGGGGCCUUUUUCAGAGAGGUUUGCCUGAUACCUGCCUCCAGUUUGAUACACCAAUGUCGUUUGGGUAUCAAAUAUAUUGUUACUUUCCCAAGAUUUUUAUAUAAAGUUUUGAUCUUGCUGUAUUAUGAUGCUUUUGUGAUCUUGUGGUUUUUUUCAUUUGUCACACUCUAUAAUCCUUAAGUGCCCUUUAUCAGAUGGGACGGGCUUGCAUGUUUUAAAACUAUAUAGAGAAGCCUCAGUGAGCUGAGCAAAGCACUGAGGAUCUCUGAGGCUCAUGAUGCUAAAUGAUGGCUUAGCGUUAUGUGUGAAGUAGCCCAUUGUUUAAGAUGGUCAAGCACAAAUGUUAAAGAGAAGAGUUAAUUGAACAUGAAGGUGUAUUAAUAAUAAUAGUGCCAGGUGGGGGUGGUUGACUGGCCAGUAGAGGUUUAUCUGUAGAUGUCGUAACAAGAAACAGACAUAGGACUUGAAUGCAUUCUGAUCAAAAAUGAAAAGAGAUCCUAUUUUAUAAUAUGAUUAUUAAUUAUAAUAAGCGCUCACUAUUUUAUGUUAAUUAAGCUUGUGGUAGGACUUCACUAGUAAAUCAAGAGUUUCUGUAUCCUCAGAUAAUGGAUCAGGCUGCUAUGGUUGGUGCUCCUGUUAUUGGGUUGAAUGAUUCUGGAGGGGCCCGGAUCCAGGAAGGAGUAGAGUCCCUGGCUGGUUAUGCUGAUAUAUUUUUGGUAAGAGACCUCUUAGGUAAGCAAGCUGAUUCUUGAUGCUACAGAUGAAUAGCCUAGGAGCCACUUCUGACUUUCUGAAAAAAUAAUGAAACGGGAAGCAUGAGUGACACAACAUUUCUUUUCCUGCUGCUUCCAGGUCUUACGCGAGGGACCAGGGAGGGGGCUUUUCUCCUUUAUACAGGGGCAAAAUGCACAUCUUCUCUCUCAUUUUCUUUUCAUGAGAUGCUGUUGCUUCUAGGUGUUGCUGCUAGAAGUCACAAUUAAGGGGGAACAGGCCCUGAAAUUAAUAUACUUCAUUUAGGAGGUUAUUUCUUUUGCAGUUGCUGUACGUUACUGUUACUCUUUAGGCACAAUGAUACCUCCCUGACCUUUCCCCUGGUUGCAUCAGUAUGUCUCCCCAUAAGUAUAAAGACUGUAGUGCGUAUUCGGUUCCUCAUUUUAGCCCUCUCCUGCGGACAGAGAGCUGCUGCAGCCAUCAGCAUUCACAAAGCUCUCCAGGCAGCCAAAGGGAAUAAUUUUUAUUAUGUGGGUGAAUGAACUGCAGUAGCAGAAUCUCUCUCCUUGCUUGUGAGUACAACCCUGGAGCCAGAAAAGGGCUGGAAAACAGCUCUCCAUAUCCAUCUGCCUGUACCAGCUGGCGGAAGCAGCAGCUGCUGCCGCCACCAACACAUGGGGCAUUCAGUACACAUGGGACUUCAGCUAGAGCCUGCUUCAGGAAUCUGAUCCUGGAUACUUAAUUCUCUGACAUUGCCUCUGUCUUGUGUUUUUCUCCCUUUUCCUUGCCAUAUUUGUUCUGAUGCACAGGGUUUUGAACUUGGAUUAAUUUGGAUGGGAGUUUAAGAUCCCGGUUAGUGGAUGAACAAUGAAGCUAGAACAAAUCGAAUGUUAUUUCUGUUGGCUAAUACAGUCCUACAACAACAUAUUUUUAUAUGAAAUAGUUUGUUGCAAAAGUUUAACACAGAUUUAGGAGCGCUUUGGGAACUUUGACUUGGAAGUGGUAUAAAAUGUGUAAGCAAUGGAGAUGUUUGUUUUCUUUUACAGAGAAAUGUACUAUGUUCUGGGGUAAUACCACAGAUUUCUCUUAUUAUGGGCCCUUGCGCAGGAGGGGCUGUCUACUCUCCUGCUUUAACAGAUUUCACAUUCAUGGUAAAGGUAAGGAUGUAAUGUUAGUUGCCUUUGACUGUAAUAAUAACAUAGUUACUAGGGAGUAAGCCACAUUGAACACAGUGGGACUUAAUUCUGAGUAAACAUGAAGAGAGUGAGUCUUACGAGAGCAGUUGUUUCAAGGAGUUUCUUGCUAGUGGUGGCUGACUCUAAAAAUGGAUGUAUUUCUGUUCCUUUAGAAGCUCUGGCUUAAGGAAUAACAUCUUUUUUUUAACUGCCCUUCUAUUUCAGGCUGUAGCUGUCACCUUUCACAUCUUCUAAUUAUGCCGUGUCUUAAAUAUCUAUUGAGUCGGUUGGCUUUGAGCUGUAAAAAUUGUCUUGCUUGGAAAUGAAAAAUGAGAGAGGAUAUUAAAACUGGAAAUUUCAGUAGUACUGGACCUGCAGUUAAGGUGGCACAGUCUGUGCUGUAUUUUUUUUUUGCAAAUACAGGAAUGUAAAUGCUUUACUGGGAAUCCCAUGUACCAGCUGUGUGAUCUGUUGAGGACUAUGGCUAAAUUAGAGUGAAUUCCAACCAAAUGCCUUGUUAGUUUGAAUCAAAAUAAAUUAGAAAUUGAAGUAUUUGGACCUUUUUAAAUUAAGUUUUCCUAUUUUGAAAGCACUAAGGGAUGAAAAAUGCAAACACAGAGAAUGUCACAUCUUGCACCUCAUACUUUGCAGUUGUUGUUUCUUGCAGGACACAUCCUAUCUAUUCAUAACAGGCCCUGAUGUAGUCAAAUCAGUCACCAACGAAGAUGUUACUCAGGAGCAACUUGGAGGUGCAAAGACCCACACUGCAGUAUCAGGUCAGAAAUGGUUAAGUUGUUUAUAAUUAACAUUUGCUCCUGUUUGCAGUCCCCUUAUGAAGUGAUUGAAGAACAAUAUGAAGAACAUAGUAGUCCAGUCAUAUAAAAUUAGUCUUGCAGAUUAGUUUGGAACAGGCACCCCCAACUUGCAGCCCUCCAGAUGUUUUGGCCUACAACUCCCAUGAUCCCUAGCUAAUAGGACCAGUGGUUAGGGAUGAUGGGAAUUGUAGUCCAGAACAUCUGGAGGGCCGAAGGUUGGGGAUGCCUGGUUUGGAACAUAGUAAAAGUACCUGCUGGUUGUCUUUGGCUGAAAAUUAUACUACAGGGGGUGACAGAAGACUGUUAUUAGAGGUAUUGUAAGAGAAUGUGUGUAAGAGAGAUGGAGAUACUGGGGCUGCUCCUGUCUAAUAAGCGUCAAGGGGGAAAUGUACCAUUAGAACUGCCUUAUUUGAUCCCUGACCAUGUUGCACCCAGCCUGCUUCUAUGCAUGGCGAUCCUGUUUAGCCAUAAUGGCUCAUAGUUGCUGAUGUGACUGUGUGCAAAAAUACUUUUUCUUCUAUCUUUCUUGCUAGUCACUUUCAUUGGUUGAACAUGAAUUCUAGUACUGGGUGUGUGUGUGUGUGUGUGUGCGUGCGCACUCUGCCACUUUCCUAACUCUGUAAACCUCAAUAACAUGGGUGCGAAACUGUUUUUAGCCUGAUGGCUACAUUCCCUUGUAACUAACCUUCCUGGGACUGCUGCCAGUGGUAGAUAGGGCCACAUCUCUUUCUCUCACACUCACUCAUAUACAUCCACAGACACAUUCAGUCUUUCAGAUCCAUUUAACACCUGCUUUAUUUUGCAAAGGGGCUGAAAAUAGGGGUUCAGUAUGACCCUUGAAAUGCAAGAUGGAGUGGAACAAGACUAGGAUGGAUGUUCGGGGUGGAAGUAGAUGUGUGUAAAACACUGGCACAGUUGAUCAAAUAUGACUGCUGAUCUGACACUGUUUCUUUUGGUGGACAUUAAGAAUAUCCACUGGCAUUUCAGUUAAUGCUAUGACAUUUUAGAGCUUUAAGAAUUUGCUGUGAAGAUCUAUUUCUUGUCCUGUUGGAAAGUUCAUUGGAAUCUUUGCAACGUCAGAUGGAUGUUUGUUUUUUUGUAUUAUAGGGGUUGCACACUGUGCCUUUGAGAAUGACAUAGAUGCUUUGCUCAAUCUCAGAGAGUUUUUUAAUUACCUACCGCUUAGCAAUAAGGAUCCAGCUCCUGUCAGAGAAUGCCAUGACCCUAUGUAAGUUAUAUUUACAAAUAAUAGAUGUUCAUAGAAUCAAAGCGUGUUUCAGAGUUUAUCCCGUCAAAUGUCUGCAAAGUUACAGGCAAUGCCCAUUUCACGUGGGGGUUCUGUUCUAGGGCCCCACAUGCAUUGGCAGAGCGCAUAUAAGUGCACCCCGCCUGGUUCUGCCUUUUCUGUGACAUGUUGAGUGAUGUAUUUGGUAACUUGUGGGUUCAGCACCAUACGUGCGUGCACAAUCAUGCUUCUUUAGGAUGUGUGUUAUUCGGUCUUUGCUUGUAUGAUUUUCUCGAUUUGUAUCAUUGAAGGAGACACCUAUCCCUUUGAACCCAUUUAGGAAAUAAAAUUCCUGGGUGAUUUUAUUAUUUUUGGAUAGAUUCACAAUUAAGUCUUGUGAAGUGGGGAUGCAAUGGGACUUUGGCUUCCAUGUGUUAUAGAUACUCCUCCACAGAGAUUCCUGUUGGAGGUCUGAAGAGUAGCAAACAAAAAUUCUCCUUUAACAGAAGUGGAAGGGUAUGGUAUAUGUUGCCGUUCAGUUGAUGGGCCAGAUUUUGGAUAUUUUCUUUUACACUUUUGCCUCCUAUCACUUCCUUUUGCUGGUUAACAAAAUGAGGCUGUUCUUUCCUAAGUAGUAUCUGAAAAUGCAACAAGUCAACUAAAGAGAAUGGGUUGAAUUCGGAUUUCCCUUCCAUUUUUGAAGGCAGCUGAAAUCCAGCAAAAGGCUCUUGGUUGAUCCAUAAGGGGGUAGGAUAGAUGUUUUUGUUGAUGUUCCCACCAGCCCCAGCAAUAUGUUCCAUGCUAAUAUGGAGUGUCCCCUAACCUUCUGGAACAGCUUUUGGGGGGCACAAUGGACUGCAGAUGAAAGGUGCAAUUAACAAAAAUUGCCUGCUCUUCUCCAUCCUCCAGUACAAGCAGGACGCAUAUUUGGAUCCAUCUCAGUGUUGGAGGGUCCUUUAUUGUAAACAUGGAGAAUAAAGUAAAAGCAGGGGGGGGGGUCUCCUUCAUUCUCUCAAUAUUCUGGAAUUGAAUUCUGGAAUUCAGUCAAAUAGUCCUAGGUUGUAGUCAUGUCUCCUCACAUGAGUAAUUUUCUCGUAUGAAUUAUGCUACGAUGUAAGUUUAUUCCUUUCCAUUCUCUGUGUUUAAAGCAACCGGUUGGUUCCUGAGUUGGAUACCAUUGUCCCGAUGGAAUCUACUAAAGCUUAUGACAUGGUGGAUAUUGUGCAUUCGGUAAGCUCUGUUCACCAGUGUAUUACAGCUGUUGCGAUAAUUUUGUGUUUACACAUGAUGCAUAAAUAUCCAUUGCCUCUGAGAAUUGUUACAUGUUGUAAAUACGGUGCAUUUUCUUGUAUGUAUGCAUGCUGCAAAAAUACCGUUAUUUAGAAAUGUGUUCCUUAAUAAAAGUGGGAAAAGGAAUAUAACUGGAUAUAUAAAAGGGUUCUUCGCCUUUAUUCUCACCAUUUGACAAAAGGUUAUGCAACCUGUGGGUUAAACUUGAUUCUAAAUUGCAUUAUAUCACUGUAUCUGAGGAAAUGGUCUUGAUGCCCACAUUAACUACCAUUGAUUUCAUUGAUUUCCAUAUAUAAAGAAGAUGUAUAGCUUUAAUUAUUUCCAUGGUGUUUGAUUUCCAUAUAGUAAGUGUAAAAUAUGGUUACAAUAUUCAUUGUUUUGAGAGUCAACUAUAAUUGGACACCAUGCUUUGGAGGUGUUGUAAUAAUAGUGGCUGAACUCCAGGGUGAGUCACUGAUCUUUCUCCAUUUUUUAAAAAUAAUAAAGAUUUUAUGUUGGUGUGAGGAUCCUUUGACCUCAUUCUAUGUCUAAAACAGUGGGGCCUUUAAUGGUCUGAGGGCCGUUUGGUCUUGUUGCAAACCCCCUAGGGGCCACAUUCCAAAUUUAGGGUGGUGAAAUGUCUCUCCAGCCCCAUGAUACACUCUUAAUUUUGGAUGUUACCCAGUGGAACCAUAAAUCUAACCAGGAUCAGUCAGGAAUUUCAAAAUGAAUCUUACUAACACUUUUAACUUUAGUGCUGUAUGGAAGAGCACUGUCGACAAGACGUCUUAAGAGCAGGACCGGAUUUAGGUUUGAUGAGGCCCUAAGCUACUGAAGGUUAUGGGGCGUUUUAUAUGUCCAGCUGUCCUUUGUCAACUACAAAUUGUCGCUGUUUUUUAUGCUGAAUAUGUGCUAUAUGGUAAUUGAUGGACCUAAUAGGUAUCUAAAGCCAUUUGCACAUAACAAAAUAUGUAUUUUAUCAAAGUAAUUGUUGAACUGAAAUACAAUUGGAAAUGUACAUCCAGCUUUUUCCCCCCUUUAAAUUUUUUGGGGGCCCACAAGAGAGUGGGGCCCUAGGCUAUAGCUUGUUUAGCUUAUACGUAAAUCCAGCACUGCUUAAGAGCAGUAAAAAAUUGAGAAAGAGUCUUAAAAUACUGUUUCAACUGUCUUACAUUUUAAAUCAUCUUUGUGUGAUACAGAUAUAUAUAGGAGUGUGUAUUUCACUGCUCCGCGACAGUAAGAUAUUUGAAUCUCAUUUGUGUAGAUAGUUGAUGAGAGAGAAUUCUUUGAGAUCAUGCCCUCCUAUGCCAGAAAUAUCACUGUUGGAUUUGCCAGAAUGAAUGGAAGAACUGUUGGAAUAGUUGGCAACCAGCCCAAAGUAGCAUCAGGUAAGAGGAGGGUGGCAUUGGCUGGGAACCUUUAUAAUGUCAAUUUAUGUUGAAAGCUUGGAAAACUUACAUUUGCAUGUUGCAUCUGUUUAAAACCUCAUUGCUGAACAGCUCGAUAUGUUCUCUCUAAAAAAAUUUGGUCCUAAGGUAGUUUAGUCUUCUUUUGCAAUUAAGAUGAAGGUUUGGCACUCUGUGCAUACUGCAAAUAGAGUAAAACCUGCUUGACAUCCUUGUGUUGUUCAUGCUUUGCAAGUACCGCUGGCCAGUAUUCAAAGAACCAUGAAACGAGAUGUGCUUUUAGGUGUAAAUAAGUGGUGUGUUGGUGGUGUUAUCAUAACACCACCGUUUCUGUACAUGUUUGGAAUCUAUUUCCCUCUCCUGGUAUCCCUUUUAUACACCCACCCGCACGUCACCACCUUCUUUCCUUCUCUUCUUUCCUCCCUCCAGUCCAUCGGAUCGUUUUAUACUUCUGGCAAAGUAUUCGACUUCCAAGACUAACUGCUUGGAUAUGCCUCCCGUAAAAAGAAAUGUUUUAUGUUGAUAACCUUGGUCAGCUGAAGAUGUUAAAAAUCUUUCAGCAUCAGUGAAUUAUAGGAUUAGUCCUGCAAUUAUACCAAGAUUUCAGGCACCUCAGUCUGAAACAUCCAAUGGUGGUCAUGGUUACCAACAUAGCUCAUGUUGUUACAAGAUUUAUAUGUAAGUGUUUUGGUCUCUAAAUUGUUGGCGUUUGCUGGGGCGAGUGGCAUUUUAGAGUAUGGAAUAGAAUUCAGCUGCCAUAUUGAUAUUACUUGUUUUGAUUCCCUCCCCACCACAGAUUAAUGUAAACGACUUACAAAGCUAAAAUGUAGUCAUAGAUAACAGCUUCCUGAGAACAGCAAGAGUACGUGUGUUUGUGAACAUUUAUGCAGGUUAGAUAAACUCUGUUCAGUAUUUCACAAGGAGGUAGAAAAUGCUCUUUUGCAUAGGGUGUGUAAAAUGUUGCUGCUGUUGCCUGUUUGGGUGAUAUCUAACCAAGUAAACUCAGGGUAGACCCAUCAAUUUUAAUGAGUACCCCGAGUAUGAUGAACAUUGAAUGUCACUUUUUGUAUACAAUGGCCACUGCAAAAUGUUCUUGAAAAGCCUUGUAAGAAUCUUGUCUACUUUGUCUGAAAUUUAGGCUGUUUGGACAUAAACUCCUCCGUGAAGGGAGCCCGUUUUGUUCGCUUCUGUGAUGCUUUCAACAUUCCUCUGAUAACUUUUGUAGAUGUACCUGGAUUUUUACCAGGUAGGUUUUUCUUCUGCAUCUUCUUUGACUGAAGAUGGAAAUGAAUUGAGUGGAAGAUAUUUCACUUGAUUCUUCUUACCUUUGGAACUGAAAAUAGUCCUUGUAUCAAGGAAUUGGGAGGUGGGGUUACUUUUUAUUUCAAGUGCAGAGGUAAAGCCAUUACUCUAUCCUUUGCACAGCUUCCUCCUUCCUGUUACAUGUGUAAAAUGACAUCAGUUGCAUUUUUAACAUUUAUCAUCGUGAGGUUGAACAUUCCCACAGAGAUUGUAUUCCCGGAGAGAGUUUAGUAGUGGUGCAAAAUCCACUGAAAUAAAAAGUAUGUGAAAAACACUAGAGAAAGAAAAGGUAUUAGUCUUUUCAUCCAACUUAACUGCCCUGUGUCAUCCUUCUUUAAGUACACAAUUAGUUUAAGUACUUUGUAUACACCAGGAAGCAGUCUUUUAGAUCUCUCUAUGGGGGCUCUAUAGCUUUCAAAUGAGAAUGAGUGUCGUGGAUACAGCUCUUCAUGGCACUGACCUGUAUUAAAUAAAGCUGCAUUAUAUAGCCUGCGUUUAUAGCUUUUUAGCUCCUGUGCUGGUGAAUAUUAUGGAGGCAAUAGGGAUACCUGCUCUCCUUAAGCAGUUGUUGCUUGCCUGUGCUUCAGGCAAGUGCUGAAUCACGAGGCUGACAUUUGUAGAAUGCAUUUAUUGGUGCCAUUUAAUCACAUAUAAUUAAAACAGUAGAACUAGGAUAAGAUUUUGGUGUAAUAAAAGGUUUUGGCUCAGUGGAUCCUUUUCAGUCAAACCAAGAAUUGCCAUGUAGAAGGUUAUGUGGGAUUUGCUACAAGGCUGUAUGUAGAUCUAUUAUAAGAGCGUAUGAAAAGUCCUGCUGGAUCAGGCCAAAGGUUCAUCUAGUCUUACCACCUUGUUCUCCCAGUGGCCUACUAGAAGCCUGUGCAAUGCCUGCAAGCAUGAAAUUCCCAGCCUCUCUUCUAUAGAUGCAUACUGCCUCUGACAGUGGAGGUAGAACAUAGCCUUACCCUCCACAAUACCUAGCCUGCUGGUUGGUGUUUGAUGCAGUCAUGCAGUCUACCUCUACUCUUGUAGAAGCUUUUAACAGCUAUCUUAAUUAGUGCUGGGUGUAUAGUUUCUUAUUAAAUAUCUUCUCUUGGAGACAGUAAAUUUCCUUUAACCAUGUUUUGCUGGUUCCUGUUGUUUUCAGGGACAUCUCAGGAAUAUGGUGGGAUUAUACGCCAUGGAGCAAAACUGCUCUUCGCUUUUGCAGAAGCAACUGUGCCAAAAAUCACUAUUAUCACAAGGAAGGUGAAGUAAAAUUGUAUAGUUGCUAGCUGCCACAUGCUGUUGAGAAUGCAUAGAAGAUAUUUGUCUUAUCUUCAGCUCAGCUGACCUCAUCAACACCAAUUCUUCCAAGCUCUGUUUUGAUUUUUUAUAUCAUAAUAUAACAUCAUUUUUUGCUUCACUAAUACUACUAAAUUUCUCUAGAUACCUCACAUUCAAGCCUGUUUCCCCUUAACAAAUGCUGCCUCCGGAGCUGCUUCUAGCCGAAUGAUUCUCACAUAAGUUCUUUUAUGUAGAAUCUGAAUACAACUGCCUUAUACGUACACAAUCUCAACCUGAAGUCUUGGAUUAUAUGUUAUUUCUAGUUUGGGAACACUCAUUCCAGGGCUAAUUGCCUGAUGCCUAAUUUGAUGAGUUUUAGGCACCAGGCCAAGUCUUUUAAUAGGCCCACACUUUUAACAUUGAAGCUGCUGCAUGAGAUUUAUCAUCUGUUUUAUGUGCUGCUCUUUUCUUAUGUAUAGUUAUUGUAUUCUAAUAUUGCCAAGUCUUUAACUAUUUUUGCAAAUCACCUUGAUAAUUUUUAAUUAGAAAGCGGGAUACAAAUUUCUUAAAUAGUUCCAGGGCUGGCUAUGGCGGAGGAUAAAUAUGAGGGGAUGUUUAAGGGACAUUACACAUUCUAGGAAUGCAGGAUGCUUCCUUAUUCAGAGUCAGGCCGUUGGUCCACCUAGCUUAGUAUUCUCUGCAUUGACUUGCAGAGGCUUUCCAAUGUUUCAGAAAAGAAACAUUCCCACCCCUACCUGGUAAUGGUCAGGGACUGAACCUGGGAUCUUCUACAUGCAAGGCAGAUGUUCUGCCACUGACCUACGGCCCUUUUUAAGAUACCAAGAAAUCAAGGAAUAAACUAUAUAGGUUUAAAGUUUAAGGUUUAAGUCUGUAAGUGGAGAAAGGGAAAGAUGAAUGAAAGAGAGAAGGAAAGCUAGGCCAUUCCACUGGAAUUUGAAAAUGCUUUAAAUAAGUGAGAGUGGAUGCUUCAUGAUAACUAUAUCACAUAAUUAUUGAAUGGUUGUAGUAGGAAUUGUCUGCUUUCAUACUAUUAAUAUUAAGAGACUAACUAUCCUGGUAUAUAAACAUAAUGAUUAAAUACAGUACAUAACUUAUUGACACUUAUUUCCUGUUCCAGGCUUAUGGUGGGGCCUAUGAUGUGAUGAGUUCAAAACAUUUAAGAGGAGAUGCUAAUUAUGCAUGGCCAACAGCAGAGGUAGCAGUGAUGGGUGCCAAGGUAAUUCUCACUUUGUCCCCAUUUGUACUCGGCUUAUCUGGGUCUGGCAGGUAGGCCAGAUUGCUACACCACCCCUCCCGCAUGGGUCAAUCACUUGAUGGCAUACAACUUUUUUUUUUGCCCACAGGAGUCUGCAGAAGCCCUUUUCAAAGUGCUCUCUUGCCCAGCACUCUGCAAGCAAUGCCAAUUAGCUGAUCGGCUGUGCCUUCAGAUCCCCUUUUGGCUGAGCCAAGUUUUUACCUGCUCCACACCUGAUAGCAUACUACAUCAGGUGUAGAGCAGGUGGGUGUGGCUUGGCCAAAAUGGCCUUGGAGGCCAAAUGGGGAAUGCUGGCAGGCCUGAUUACCUGCAAGCUGGAGGUUCCCCACCCUUGUUGAAAAUGGUUUAAUGAUGACCAAAUCCACAUUCCAAAGGCCUUUACAACUAUGGGUUGAAAUAAUAUCAUAUUCUUAUAUUUUCUUCUUAGGGAGCCGUGCAGAUAAUUUUCAGGGGGAAGGGGGCACAUGCAGAAGCAGAAUAUGUGGAAAAGUUUGCAAAUCCUUUCCCUGCAGCAACCAAAGGUAGUGGCUUUGAGAAUGUCUAUUAUUGAAAUUUCAGAUACAUAAUUAAAGUUUUUUAUUGUGAUUUCAGUGUUCUUUCACUUCUUAUUUGGGUGUUUAUUUUAACUGCAUUCAGAUGAUCAUGUAUGAGGUUAAAAAGCUAAUAUGAAUUAGAAUUUUGUCCCUCCGCCAGCCCCUUUGUUCUUCCUCUAUGCAGGCAAUCAAACCAUGAAGUCUCUUAAGUAAUCAUCAUUUCCCAUUUUAUCUGAAUCGAGCUACUGUGGUUACUUGCUUUAAAAAAAAUCCAAAGCAUAGAGCACUGGUUUUCUAAAUUUUAACUAAAAUUCCUUCUUGGGGUUGUCCCUUCUUAAACAUUGAUAUCUGCAAAGCAUAGUUACAAAAUUGAAGUGUAUAUAAACUCUAUAGCCAACUACCUUCCUGGCAGAUUGAACAUUUAAGAAAGUCAAUUCAGGCAUGUGGAGCAAAGGGGAAUAUAUUUUCAUAUUACAGUUCAUUACAUUUAUUCAUUCGUUCUUAGAACUUUCGAAAUGUGGGCAAAGGCACAGAAUGUAAAGCACCAUCAGCUGAUCUUCAGGUCUUGCAAAGCCCCUUCUUUGCAAGCACAGACCAUCAACUGAUUGAUGGUGCUUGCAAACCCCAUUUGGGGGCAGGUAGCUGUGACUUGAUUGACAUGGAGCCACAUGGGGAUGCCUGGCAGACCUUCCUCCACCCACAUGUAUGAUGCAUUGGUGUGUGUAUAUAUGUAUUACGGUGCAUUGUUCGGAAUGCAAAGCAGAAAUUACUAGGCCACCAAUGCUCUUUAACAUUUAUAGCUAUGUGUUUCACGAACAGGCCCAGGAUCAGAGCCACUUAUUUUUAGUUGUAUCCCCUGCUUCUAGAUGACUCAAAUCCUCUGCCUUUGAGAGCUAUGGCAUGAUUGUUUAAUCAGAGCAUUAUUUAAGAUCCACGAUCCCUUUGCUUAGAGGUUAUGCAUCUGAGAUGAGACCUUAAACUUAUUAUAGUAAUUCUGAAGUAAAAUUAUCUCUGUGUUGAACAGCAUAAUUUGCAGUUUCUGAAGUGGUUUUCCUCUUUUAAAAAUUACAAGAGAGAGAUGGGAACUUGCAGAAUUGCAGUAAAAUUGUUCAGUUUUCAUAUGUAAAUGUAAUCAGAAUGAUGGCAAAUGUUUUUGCAAAGCCAUAUUCCAGAUGUUUGGCUUAACAGGUUGUUUCUCCUCCCUUGCUUGUUUGGAAAAAUGAAACAUUUCUGUGGACUUAAAUCAUGAAAUCAAAUAUUGGUGAUCAGUACACCCUAAAAUCCUGAUUUAUCCCUUUUUAGAGGAAUUUGUUUGUAUUUAAGUUGAUGAAUAAGAUAUGCAACACUUUAGCAGUUCAUGGCUUCCUCUGGAGCAGCUUGCACAAAACAUCAACUUCGAUUUGGUGGAAGGCUAAUGUGAACCUAUUAAAGGAUUAUCUACUGCAUGAUGCUUUUUGCUGCAGAAGCAGUUACAGAGCAAUGGGAAUAAACUGUCAAACCUGUUUUAUAACAGGGUUUGUUGAUGACAUCAUCCAACCUUCUUCAACUCGACUGCGAAUCUGCCGUGACUUGGAAGUCCUGGCUAGCAAAAGACAAUCCAACCCCUGGAAGAAGCAUGCCAAUAUUCCUCUCUGAAUUUGUUUUAAGGAAAAGCGAUGAUAGGUUGCCAGGAAAGCAGUGGAGCCCAACUCAAAUCCUGACUCUGAAUCGUCGGAAGUAUGUGGAAAUUUUUAUGGAUUAAAUUCUAGAAGGGUUGGGAUACUAUGAGAUUGUAGACAAGGAAUUAAUUGUACAUUUAAGCAAAAGGUACAACAUAUGGAAGUUGUCACGAUAUGCUGCAACUUCAUCUUUGACAGUCUAAAGACAGAACGGAUAAUCAUACAUAAAUGUAAAGCCAGCAUAUUACAACAGAAGUCUAAGAGAAUAUGGAAUUAAACUAUUUUGUUUCCUUUAAACAAGAUUGUCUGUGGGGAGAUUAUUUGUGGAUUAGAUUCAGAGGAUAAUAAUGCAAAACAGGAUUUAAUCCUGCAAGGGGAGAUGGAAAUUACCUGCAUGGGAUUCAUCGCAAGAAAAUAUUACAGGAUUUCAAGGUUUUCUAAUGCAGAUGUUAUUCAGUAUAAAUUUAUUAUCUGUCAGAUUUUGGUCUCCUCAGCUACCUAACAAGACUAUUCUCCUACCACAAGAGAUUGUUUUAGGCCUCUGAAAGGCUUGUGAGAGACGAUUUUCCUUUGUGCCUAUGCAUAGUACUUCUAAUUGAGGAGCCCUUUUGCCAGGUAGAACCAAGCAGGCCAAAAGAGGUUCAUUCAUUCUGGCCUGAUAUACCUUACAUACAGAAUUUAGCCACUUUUAAGGUAAUCUCUGGUUCCCUGUCCUCUAUUAAGUAUUUUAAGUACUAAUCAGUUCUGCUUGGGGUUUACUGCAUGAUUGGCGUGAUAAAUAUAAUGUGUAUAGCCUUGUGGUAAUGACAAAUUUAGCAGGGCAUGCGUAGCAGUUUCAACUUCCUUCAAACCCCACAGGCAUGUUCACUGUGAAUAUGGUUUGCCUUCAAAUCUGCCCUGCAGUAAUGCUGAUGGAAAGAUGUUAAAUCUGGCAAGGGUAAGAGCUCUUCUAAAUUUGGGUAUUUCUGUUUUGGAGAAAUACCUUGCUGGAGUAAACCCCCUGCCAUUAUCUUUAAUUUCUAGAUACUUUGUCAUUUCACUCAUGUGGCAUUGCAGCUCAACAUCCCAUAUUCGUUGCUUAAUUGUGGAUGUGGCUCUCUCAUAUCUACAGGUUAUCAGAGCCUGCAGUGUGAACCCUAGACUUCUCAGUUUCUUUUCCAUUUUGUUUGACAUGUUUGACAAUUAAAAUCAAGGGUGCCAGACUUACCGGGAAGAAAAUUAGUUUUAGCCAGUAAUGGAGCUUCAGAAUCCACAUCCAGGACCGAACUGGGAUUUGUUCAAGGGGAAAAGAUAGUCAGAAAACUGGGCUAACAAAUAUUCAAAGCCUUUGACAGAAAAGUAGUAAUAACAAUAGUUCUAACCCAUAAUGGACAGACUAGAAGUCCUCCUGUGUUACAUGCAUAGGUUCAGAUGAAGUAGAUAUUUAGCGCACACAAUACAAAGACCAUGGAAAGGUAAUUUGGAAAAAAAUUGGUCACUGUUUAUUAUAUUGGAGUAAUCUGUUCCAAGAUUCUUCUGUAAUUGUUAGUAAAACUACAAUAAAUUUCCAAUACAAACAAUUUAGAGAAGAACUAUACAAACGGGUAUUUACGUAGCCCUAAGUAUUUACAAGUCCCACCUUUAAGUCCACCUCAUCUCUGCAAAGCUCUUGUAAUUGAGAGGGUGAGUUAAGACAGCAGUUGAAACACAUUUACAAGUGUGUUGGUAAGUAAUGGUUAUUAACCAUAGACAAAACAGGGUUAAAAGAGACUAUGUAAUUGACAUGGUUAGGGACAGUGGAUAUGCUAGAAACAAGAACAACAAUGUAUUUGAGGUCAGAAGGAAACAAGGUUCAUAAGUCAGCAAUAUUAAUAUGCCUGUUUGGUAUGCAGAAGGUGGAUGCAUUCCUCAUCUUGUUCCAGUAACAGAAAGGAUUACCAUUUACGAGCAUUUUAAUGAACACAUUGGGAUAAUUAAUUUGGACAAGACCACCUGCCAGCAUACUUGCACCAUUCAAGAUUAAUUGAACUAAUAAUAGUAGCAGCUAGUGAUGGACAGGACAAUAUCAAAAAGGCAAGAUAAAGCUGGCUGAUGCAGCCAGAGAAUACUGUCACAAGUUGUUCUAAAUGACAUCUCCAAGACAACAAACAGGCACCUUAACACCCGAUGUAUUAGUAAUGCCAGGCAAAAACUUCAAGUAUCAAGGUAGCGAAGCACAUGAGCUCUAUUAAGACUUGAGCAUCUUUGUGACUAACUCCUUUAACCUUAUCCACAUUUUCCUGUCUAUGGUUGGCAGCCCUUUAGGGCAGAGAGAUUUUGCAGCAAUAGAGCACCUAACAUGUAUGCUACUUCUAAAGCUGCGGGCAUGAAAAUUAAAAGUAAUAUUUAAACCUAAGAACAUUUUUACUUAUUAGGGAACCAAGAAAAGAAAGUUAUGACUAAAAGUAGGACACUAAACCACAAAUAUUCCACUGCAUUGCUGUUCCAAUAUUAUUAUCACUCAAGUAUCAAUAUUCAGUCCAGGGUUCAACAAUCCUAUAAAAAUAGCAGAUAUUCUUUACAACAGACACUCGCUGUUUUUUCAUAUGGGUUAUCACAAUUGUACAGAAUUCUGAAGUGUGUUCUAUAAUCUGUGUUUAAGAGAACAAUUAUUGUUUGCCAAUGAAUAGAUUGGAUAGGGCCACUAGAAAAGUUGAUUACUACUUCUAGAAGUUGAAUAAUUUUUCUCCUUGCUCAGUGUAAAGCUGCUGCACCCUUUGGGCAGGGAAGUUUCCUUUGUCAGAGGGUGAAUUUAAAGAGUCCAAAGAGAUAACAGUACUUUAUGUAGACCUAUUGAAUCAACUGUGGUUGACAUCAAGUUGCUGUACAAAUGUGUUGCAUGGCUUCUGGACUCUACUGGUAGAAAUAAAUAGCCAAAAAUGCUAAAAUCCAGACACUUAUCUUCUACCCCUGCCCACCCAAGAUAAGAUACAGAGGAGCUACAGGCGUUCCGUCAGUAAGAAAUAUAGGAGGCCACAUAUCUGGAGAGAUCUUUUUUAAAAAAAUAAAAAUAAACAAAUAUUAAUUUACACUCCACCAAUCUUAUAUCAUGGAACCAGAAGCCAUAUAAUAUUUGUCAAAGCCAGUCUACAAUCUAUUAUGUGAUGGUAAGUUGUUCCAUUCUCAGGUGUUUGCCAGGUGUAGAGAAAAGAACAAACAAAGUACUUCACCUCAUCAACUCAGACAAGGAGACAGACUUUGGAAACCCAACUCAAGUUUCUACCCAAUUUCAGCAAAAAAGAUUGGCUGAAUUCUGUACUUUUUCUUUCACUGUCAAGUAAGGUCUCACUUACAGGAACUCCCAUUUCAAUGUGGAGCAUAACCACAGAUCUUCCAAGUCGACUUAUUAAAUGCUUAUUUUUGAACUUGUUAUGCUUUUGUAUAAAUAACCACCAAAGUGGUGGCAGGAGAGGCUUGGGCAAUAAGUGUAUUGACAGGCGAAAUGAGGAAUGUCUACUGAAUUCUGGAGGGCUUUUUUUACAGACCUAUUGCACAAUCAUGAGGUGGUGGUUCUUUCAAUGAAAGCAGGAGACUUCUGAAUCCUGUACCAUCAAUCGGAUUCUGCAAAGUUUUCUGCACACAUUACAGGUCACAGUAUCAGUCCCAAUCUCAAUUCCACAUGCUCUGAAUCUAUUUACUUGAAUUACACAUUAGGUAUGGGUAAGGAACAGCAACUGCUUGGGGAAAUGUAAGGUUUUAAAGAUACUGAAAUGUUUCACUUAAGGGUGAAACAUACUCUUACUGCAGAAAGAAAAACCCUCAAUGUCUGAUCUGCCCAGAAUGCUGGGCAAGCAGCAGGAUUAGCACACUUUCAAGCUUCACUAUAGGAAAAUAUUUAGUGGAAGACAGACCAAACAGAAAGCACCCAUUUUCAAAUGCUUUUGUGGAAAGGACUCCACUGCACAUGUGAUUUUGAGGAGUUUAUUAAAGGAAAAGUGAAGCAUCAGUUUUAAAUUGUACAAAAGGAAAAAACCUCAAAUUGUAAAUGUACAAUUUACAGAAUUACUAGCAAAACCAAUCAAGGAGACACAUUUUUAAAAACCUAUUGACUGCAAACUGAACUGGAAACCCAUUGGAGGUAACUUACUUGUAAACGGCUUUUGUUUUACAGAAUUCUAUAAGGAUCAAUUAAAAUUCAAUUUUCCAUAUGAAGGGCUGUGGAGCACAAGGUUUGUCUCUGAUGGAUUUAAACCACCAGCAGCUAUGCCACUCUGCCCACUACACUGAUGUGCUACUGCACCAUUUGUGUCCACUGUUUUGGGAGAACUUGUACUUUGUCCUGAAGCACCAACUCAGUGACUUUAGCAACUUUUCAAUUCCUAAACAACUGCCUUGCUUGAAUUAUUAGAUGUUUUUGGCAACCAAAAUUUGAGUACUGUACAAUUUUUAGGAGGGGAAAUCCCAACUAAAUGAUUUGAUUUAAAUGGUGUCUUUGUCUCCCAAAAGGCAAGUAAGCAUUGGAUGCACCUUGAAUUCAAUAAAAGGACCUUUAUGGGAGGUAGGUCAGAGUUAUUUUGCAACUGCUAUCAAAAAACACCUCUGAAGCAGGUAUAUUAGAACUGGGUCAAUUUAGAUUUGCUUUAAAGCACACUAACAUUUAAACUCCAAAAAGAAGACUAGUUUGGCCUCAUUUUUACAAAUGUUCUUAUUAACAGGAGCUGUGCUCACCUCCGAGGAACAAAAUCAGUCCUUUAACUACAUUAGCAGCUACCAGGAAGAAUCAUAAUAUCAAAGCAGAGUGAAAGUCCAGAUCAUUGAAGACACUGAAAAUAUCUUAGAACAAAUAAUUAGCUGAUUGUUUUUUGGAUUGUUCUGCUUUUUAGAAAAUCAUUUAAUAAUUACUCUUAAUAAUGCACAGUUAACACUGAGAAUGUAGCUGUAUUCCAUUGUAAGCUUAAGAACGUCACCAUCUAAGCACAAGUUUCUAUGCAGCACAUACAGUAAAUCUAACUGGCAAAAUUAAUUUACAAAAAUAGCACAAAAGGGUAUUUACGGCAUGGAAAGUUAGACACUUCUCUAUGGUACAGUUAAAAUUGCUUUGAAAAUGCAAGUGUGACUUCUGUCUCCCUCCUCCCACCACCCCACCCGGUGAUUUGCAUUCCUCAGGAAAGUUGCUGCUUUUGUACCUCAGAUCUGACAGGCCAUGAAAUAGGUAGUAGAAACAGCAAAUAGAUUACUUUAGAACCACUGGUUUGUUUUUCUGAGAAUAUUUUAUUUGCUGGUAUAAGUUGCUAAAAAUGCACAGAACAAGUACCAAUAGAAAAUGUGCUGUUUGUGUGUUCCCCUAGUGCUAUAUAAAAUGAAUGUUACACAGCGUCUGUUGGAAAAGUGGCUUAUGGACAUCUCUUAUUUUAUGCCCUCUUAUAAAUAAAAAAUAAAUCUUCUCAGAAGUAUAAAAUCUGGGGAUUUUUUCUUUUCAGAAUCUGACUUUUUGGCAGAGAUGCAUACACCUGACUUCUAGCCUCUUUUGCAAGAGUGUUCCACUCUCAAUGGUCAGAGAGGAUCUAGAAGUGUACCAUACUGCUAGUCACAUCCAGUGCGUUUAACAGCACUUCUCCAGCCAGGAUGGCCUGCUGAUAGCAUCACUGCUGGUCAAUGGCUGACAGGCAUAAAUUUAAUAAAAUGGCUAGCUUCUAAAACAUAAAAAGGCAAAUGUUAAAACAUUUUGAAGUUGUACAGCAGAAAAAUAAAGUUAAAAAGUUUUGUUUUCAUUCAAUGUUUUCUGAAAAUGUGUAGAACAGUGUUUAUUUUUUAACUGUUUUAAUUUAAAAGCUUCUCCCCAUCCAGGAAAAAAAACCUGCAUUAGGACUGUCAAGGACAGGGAAACAAAUGAUUUGUAGGUCAGCCUUUCUGAGGUGACUGGCCAAUAUUCCUUGUUUCAUUAAGAAGCUCCUCUUCUCUCUCAUUAC